AUGGCCUCCAACCCCACAUUCUACACCUACGCUUCCCCUCGCGAGGGGUACGAAGACGCUCCCCCUUUGCCAGACGACCUCAAUGAAGAUGGCAAGAGCUUCAAGAACCCUCCACGGGAGGGCCUUAGUAAGGCUUACGAGGCAUUUCCGGCGCCAUUGGAUAACGGACGCAGAGGAGGCUUGUUCGUGACUUCUCAGCUUUCUCAGAGGAAACCUGGGUACUAA